AGAUGUCAGCCCCUGGCUGUAGUAUUCCUCUUUAAAACCCCUCUCUGAAAAUGUCAUGUCCCAACAAUGUGACUCCCAACUCGUUUUUGAUGGACUCGUUAGCCGGUACCUGCAGAGGGGAGAACUAUUCCUCUAACCAAGGGAUGUAUAUGCAGUCUGGGAACGACUUCAGCUGUGGGAUGAUGAGGAACUGUGGGAUCAUCCCGUCUCUUUCCAAAAGGGACGAGGUGAAUAACAACGCCAGCCUGUCUCUCAACACCUAUCCAUCUUACCUCUCUCAGCUAGACACCUGGUGUGACCCAAAAAGUACUUACCGAAUCGAGCAACCUGUUGCGAGGCAACUCCCCUCCUGCUCUUUCCCAACCAAUGUCAAGGAAGAAAAUGCUUGCUGCAUGUACAACACUGACAAAAGAGCCAAAAGCGCCACCGAGGCCACCCUCUACCCCAACCAGAUGCCUGAGUCUUGCCUAAAUGACCAUGAAGUCCCCGUGCCCAGCUACUACAGAGCCAGCCAAGGUUACCCCUCCAUGGAGAAGGCGCCCAACUGCAGCAACCCCAGCGACUUUGAGGCAAGUUUUGAACCCAGGGCGAGCCUCAACCCGAGGAGCGAGCAUCUGGAGCAACCUCCACCUCCACCACCUCCACCUCCACCUCCACUUCCACCACCUCCACCGCCUCCAACGUCUCAGCAACAACAGCCGCCUCCGCCGACACAACAGCAACAGCAACAACAACCGACCCCACUGUCACAACCAGGAGCUAAAGUCAGCUUCCCAGAAAACCCAAAGCCCGAAAACCCCCAGAACACCCCCGCCAACGAAAUUAAAACAGAAAAAAGCCUCCCCGUUGCCAAAAUCAGCCCUUCGGAAGCUGAGAAGGACCUGAGCAAAUGUACAGAUACCAGCACUGACAACUCCGACAACGAAGCGAAAGAGGAUAUAAAGGCAGAAAACACUGCAGGAAAUUGGCUGACAGCAAAGAGCGGAAGAAAGAAAAGAUGUCCUUACACUAAACACCAGACGUUGGAACUGGAGAAGGAAUUCUUAUUCAAUAUGUACUUGACCCGUGAGCGCCGCCUGGAGAUUAGCAAGAGUAUUAAUCUGACAGACAGACAAGUCAAAAUCUGGUUUCAGAACCGCAGGAUGAAACUCAAGAAAAUGAACAGAGAGAACCGAAUUCGCGAACUGACUUCCAAUUUUAAUUUCACUUGAAAGUGUUCACACACACACACGAAGAAAGAGGAAGGGAUGGAAAGUGUGAAAAGGAGGGGGGGAGAAACCAUUACAAAUCUUGUGCAGUAUUUUUUUUUAAAUCCCCCCCCUUUGGGUAUAAAUGCAUUGCGUAUGGGAGGGAGGUGGGGAGAGAAAGAGGGGGGGAUUCAAGACCUCAGGCUAGUGUGCAGUCCUAUGAUUUGGGUAUUUACAGUUUGUAGAGAGAGAAGGUGCAUCCAUCGGUAUAAGCAUGAGAAUAUAAAUAUAAAUAUAUAUAUAUUGCAUCAAUGUUUCUAUGUAAAAUAAAAGAGUAAGGCGGUUGCUUUUAAAAGAAAACAGCUUCUAAGAUGUUUUAAGUUAUUCAGGAGCAGCACAAAGAAAAGGGAAGGAAGGGUGGGGAGACUUAAAGGACCUAUUUCUAUGCCUUUCUUUUUUCUGUUUAGGGUUCCUAGGUGUUUCUGAAAGUUUGCUUUUCCUAUCCUAGUGUAGUUUGCCUAUUGUAUAAUAAAAACAAUGACUAAAAUGAAUUUCAUACGUGUCUGUAAAUGGAAGUGGCAGUGGGGAACAUGCUCACGUUGUGUAGUUAUGCAGUCUCCUUCCAAUGAGGUGGUACUAUCGAGCAUUAUAUUUAAGGAAAGAUAACAAUAAUAAUAAAAGCAGUACUGAUAUCUUACA